AUGGGCGUAGCCGCGUUAAUUCGGGAGUUCCAGCGAUUGGGGCUUCGUGCCUCCCCGCAAAAGACACAAAUAAUAUCCUUCGUCGACGCGUGGAACGAACCCGUGCGCGAUAGCGUAGAGGCUGCGGGGAUCCGGGUACCCGUCGGGAAUAGGCUUAAGUAUCUGGGACUGGUUAUAGACCCGGGAUGGACUUUCGACACCCACUUUAGGGAGCUUCUGCCUAGGGUGGAAAAGAUGGCAAUGGCGAUAGUGCGGCUCAUGCCGAAUUUGCGAGGUCCGGGUGAGCGACGAAGGCGAUUGUACGCCGGAGUCAUUCACUCGGCCAUUUUGUAUAGAGCCCCGGUGUGGGCGCCGGCGGUGGCAGCGAAUAAGAGGCUGUGCGGAGACCUUGGACGCCUCCAACGUAGAGUGGCGCUGCGCGUGAUCGCCGCGUAUAGAACGGUGUCGCUCGAGGCCGCCGGGCUCCUCGCCGGGAUUGUCCCGUUCGACAUCCUGGCGGGGAGAUACUGGCGGCUUUACCGGCGGAUGCGAGAGGUAUCCCAGGCAAUUUCAGGACGGAUGUCGAUCGCUCAACAAGAGAGUCUAUCAUCCAACAAUGGUAUUCCAGGCAAUUCCAGGACGGAUGUCGAUCGCUCAACAAGAGAGUCUAUCAUUCAGCAAUGGUAUUUAAGUCAAAACGUCGACAGGAUUACACUGUCGGGCGAAGCUCCCCCCGAAAAUAAAAAAGGAAAAUUGGAAAUCAUCAAAGAUGACCAGAAGGACAAGAGCAUUAAGUCAAUAACAAAAACUGUUUGGUAA